AGAUACAAGAAUGAGCUGAUGGUGGAUAAUGAACCAGUCAUCUUUGAGAUUAUCGAUACGUGUCCAAAAACGGACACGGAUUUUCCGAAGGAGGAACUACUGCAGUGGGCUGACGGCUUCUUUCUUGUGUAUUCCAUCAUCGACCGAGACAGCUUUACCUAUCUCCGAGAAGUAAGGCAACUCAUCCACAACUCUAGACCGGCGUCGCCUGGUGGAACCCAAGGACAAUCACCUUGCCCGAUGGUCGUGGUGGCCAAUAAGGCCGACCUUAUUCAUCUUCGACAGGUCAAUCCUGAGGAAGGUGAAGUUCUUGCCAAAGAUGGAGAUGCAUCGUUCGUUGAAGUUGCCGCAUCAGAACAUGUCAGUCAAGUGGCUGAAGCUUUCUACGAGCUUUGCCGGGAAGUUCAUGCUUAUAGAAGACGAUCCAAACAGUCUCUUUUGGAUCGCAUCAAAUAUGGCGGGAAAAACAAUAAAACAGAUUCUGGAAGAAAAUGAAGACACGCGGAGAAAUGUGAGCACAAAUUGAACCGUUCUAGGAGGUGCUAGUUCAAAAUAUGACCAGGACAUUAUUUGUGCUUAUAACUUUCCAAAAAUCGUCAAAUAAAAUUUUCAUUGUCUUCAGACGUUGCAUCGUACAAUGACUACUGAACUUGAAUGGAUAUAAACUAUCUAAAACUUUAUAAAGGCAAUGCUUAAAAUUUUAAAAGACUAGGUUUAAGAUGGUCACAUUCAAACGUUCAAAAAUCAUUAGUAAAUAUUAUGUGAUGGAUUAACGAGAAGAAUGAAAUAUUUUUUGAUGACGUAAGAGACUGCUAUUUAGCACACGGUUUUGUAGAAAGAACUACCACAGCGAGUAAGUUAUGAUUUCUAUGUUUGUAACGUGCAAUACCAAUGCGUUAUAAAAACAACUUUCUUCAAACAUACAAGUGGUUUUCCACAAUGAGUUAUAUAUGUAAAUAAUCAUUACGCUGGCGUUCAGACAAAAAAAAAAAAAUCUUUGAAUUUUCUGAGUGUGAUAUUUAAAAGCUUUCAUACACUUAUAUAUAUCUCUGUUUGUAUAACUAUAUAAUAUUUUUGUAAUUAUCUUCUGAUUAAGUAUAAAAUAGAGGUAAGUGAAGAAUUUAUUUAAACUUGUUGAAAGUUGAUAAAACUAAGAGAUGACCUCUGAAAUUCCCAAUGCAAAAACUUUUUUUUUUAAAGCUCUGACAAUUUUUCUUACUGUUGUCAUCCAUGAAUGCAAAUUUUAAUCUGUAGCUGGUAUGACUUCAUAUCAUUUUAUUAACUCGGAAUAUAUUAGUAAUUCUUCAUAUGAUUUUUGUGUGUUUUUACUUUUGUUUAUCAUUUUAAUUGGCAGUACACCUCAAUUAUUUAGACUUACAUAAAGUUUCACUACAAAUAUUGCUUAAAAGGAAGAAUAAAGGUUAUAAUUUUUAAUUAAUAUUCUUUGU